ACCUUUCCUAUUUUAUAGUAAGUUGCAUUCAAUCAAAACCUCUUUGCCCUUUCCUUUCUCCUGCCUUCCCUUCCAAUCAGAGCGUUAGGUCUCUCUCUCGAUCAAUUCCUCUUGCUUUGUCUGGCGAGCUCAAGUUCUCCGCCAACGCGUUUGAGGAAAGGGCAUGGCAACAGAGGAAAAUGUUGACUUGUCAAGUUUGAAGUCUCAGCUGAGCAAAACUCAUGAAGUUUGGAAACAGGAGAUGGAGUGGCGCCAGUCCCAAGUUGAUGUUUUACAAGCAAAGCUUAUGGAGGUAAAGGCUUGUAUACAGAGUUCUGAAGAAGAUGCAAAGAAAGAGUUAGACCUUCUUUGGCAAAGAGUAAAAACUACUGCAACAUUAUUGACAUACUUGCGAUCAAAAGCAAGAAUCAUGGCUGUUCCCCAUUUGGCCCAGACAUCAUGUGGCAUCAAAGAGUUAGAAGGGGUUGGGCUUGUUGAUAGAAAUGGGACUCCUUUAUCUGAUUGGUCAAGGAAUGUUGAUCUUUCUUCAUUUGAUAGUCCUGAUGAAGAAACGUGGACUAAAAUUAGUAAGCUCCAUGGCUCCUUGGAUGAGCAGGAUGGAGCUUAUAUUGGUGAAAUACUUAAGUCUGUUCAGAUGGUCACUGAUGUAAUGGAAGUUCUUGUUAAGAGGGUUGUAAUGGCAGAAUCUGAAACUGCAAAUGAAAAGGAAAAAGUAAUUUUAGGACAGGAAGAAAUCAGAAAGAAGUCCGUACAAAUUGAUGGCAUGUCUUUGAAAUUAGAUGAAAUGGAAAGGUUUGCCCUGGGAACAAAUAGCAUUUUGAAUGAAAUGCGCCAGAAGGUUGAGGAUUUGGUAGAAGAAACAUCCAGACAGAGGCAACGAGCUGCAGAAAAUGAACAGGAGCUUUGUCGGGUGAGGAGUGACUUUGAGUCAUUGAAAUCCUAUGUAAGCAGUCUCAUAAGUGUAAGGGAAACUCUCUUAUCAUCGGAGAAGCAAUUUCAAACUAUUGAGAAGCUCUGUGAACGGCUAGUUGCAAAGACAACUCAAUUGGAGGGUGAGAAGAUGCAGAAAGAGGCAGAAGUUCAGAAGCUUAUGGAAGAGAACGUGAGGUUAAGUUCUCUUCUUGAUAAAAAAGAAGCCCAGCUUCUAGCUAUGAAUGAACAAUGCAAGGUGAUGGCGUUGAAUGCUUCAAAUAUCUAACCAUUGGGCGUAUUGUAUUCUGCCAUUGUUCUGCAUUGGAUGGCAGCUGUUUUCUUCAUACAAUUUGACAGUAUGCCAGAGGGCGUAUGGGUAAUCGGAGAAUGCUGGAUUCUGCCAGUCGUUUCAGAUACGUUAUUCGAAAAUGUAUUUGAAGAUCUCAAUCCCCAUGUUUUAUUUAUAGUACUGUUUAUGCUGUCAGGAAAUUUGAACCCAGAUAGCAUUGAUGGUUGUAAUUGUGUUGUUAUAAUGCAGUUUCACAUCUGUUUGUCGUAA